CUCACAUCACAGCCGAAUGCGUCAACCACACGGUAACCAGCUACAGGGGCAUCUCACCAGCACGAAACCCCGCCGUGUUCCCGGGGCCUAAAGCAACAGGAUUCAGUGCGAGGAGAGGAGAACGGGAGGCGGUUUGAAAGAUACAGCCAUGGGGUUCAAACGCCUUGCUGUAGUGCUUUCUGUCACCAUGAUCCAGCUAGUUUCAGGUAUGAGCUUAAUGAUUCCUGAGCCUGAUUCACCGCCAACAUCAACCCCAGACUCUUACCCUCUGGGUGAUCUGAUCCACGCUGCCCUGCAGAGCAAAGAAUACUUAGGAGACCCUCCCGCCAGCACAGGUACUGCCACCAACCCGACCCAGGCCGUUCCUGGGCUCGGGCGGACCGACUCGACAGCAACCGUCAUAUCGCCCGGGCUGCUCACAACAGCUUUGAGCUCCUCUUCUGCUGCCAGCCGCAAAGGAUCCAGAAAUGCCAUGUCCUCGCUGCCCAUCGAGGAGGAGACAACCACCACCCUGAUUACCACGACCACCAUAACCACGAUGCACAUGCCAGUACAAUGCAAUGCAACUUUGUCAGCAAUCGAGGAUGUUGUUGAGUCACCAGAUCCUGCAACCAUAUCCUCAUCCUUUUCCCCUCUGGAAUGCACCUACAGCAUUACUGUGUACGCAGGUUAUGGUGUGGAAAUUCAGGUGAGGAAGGUAAACCUUUCUAAGAAAGAGUCUCUGACUAUCAUGGGGCAUGGAGGCUCGGGCCCGGAGCUCUUAGCCAAUGAGACCCUGAUGAGAGAGGGUCAGGUGAUUCGCAGUACGACCAAUCAGGUGUACAUUCACUAUCGCAGUCUCCAGCAGAGCAACCAUGGCGUGUUCAGCCUCCACUACCAAGCCUUUCUGCUGUCCUGCCCGUUCCCCCUGUCCCCUGUGGGCGGCGGAGUGACGGUGACAGACAUCCAUCCCGGAGGUCAGGCACACUUCCACUGCGAUCCCGGCUUCCAGGUCCGCGGCCACGAGGUGGCCACUUGUGUCAACACAACGCAACCACACUGGAGCACUCCGGAGCCACAAUGUGUCGCUGUGUCUUGCGGAGGAUGGGUCCGUAACGCAACAGUAGGCCGGAUACUGUCUCCCCCUCCUCCCUCUGUCAGCAACCACAGUAAUGGAAAUAACCUGAGCUGUCACUGGUUAAUAGAAGCCAAGGAGGGACACAAACUCCACCUACACUUUGAGAGGAUUGCAGUGGAUGAGGAUGAUAACAGGUUGAUUGUGCGCAGCGGAAACAGUUCCCUGUCCCAGCCGCUCUUUGACUCGGAGGUGGAUGACGUCCCUGAACGUGGGCUGCUGAGCGAAGGCUCGGCGCUGUACUUGGAGCUCACGGCCGAUUCCUCCUCCAUCCCUCUGCUCCUGGCGCUGCGAUACGAGGCUUUUGAUGAUGAACACUGCUGGGAGCCCUUCAUCCCUCAUGGAAAUUUCAGCAGCAGUGACAUCACAUAUCAGCUGGGAACCACGGUGGCCUUCACCUGCUCCCCCGGCUUUGUCAUGGAGCAGGGCUCCGGGACGAUUGAGUGCGUCGACCCCAGCAACCCUCACUGGAAUGACAGCGAGCCUGUGUGCAGAGCUCUGUGUGGAGGGGAGCUGACUGAGCCAUCGGGCACCAUCCUGUCCCCUGAUUGGCCCCAGAGCUACUCCAAGGGGCUGGACUGCGUGUGGCAGAUCCAUGGCAACGAAGAGAAACGCAUUGAGCUGGAUGUCAAGAUUUUAAACAUCCGCCACACUGAUGUGCUGACCGUUUUUGACGGGCGCGAUCUCAUGUCCCAUGUGAUCGCGCAGUACAUGGGAUCCAGAGAGCGUUUCCAGGUCGUGUCCGGCGGGUCCGAAGUCACCAUUCAGUUUCAGAGCGAUCCGGACGAUUCCAGUUUCAUCCUGAGUCAGGGAUUCGUCAUUCACUACCGAGAGGUUGAGCCAAACGACACCUGCCCGACUCUCCCUCAGAUCGACUUCGGCUGGAUCAGCUCGUCCCACUCGUCCCCCGUGAGAGGCAGUGUGCUGACCUACCAGUGCCAACCGGGGUACGACAUCAGCGGCUCCGACAUCGUCACCUGCCAGUGGGACCUCUCCUGGAGCAGCAGUCCGCCUACGUGUGUCAAAGUCCAGCAGUGUCCCGACCCGGGGGAGGUGGUCAACGGAGCGCGCUCCGUGCGCCCCGAGGCGGGUUUCGCGGUCGGAACGGUGGUCCGUUUCUCCUGUAACCAGGGUUACCAGCUGGAGGGUCCCAGCCAAAUCUCCUGCCACGGACGGGACACCGGCACCCCCAAAUGGAGCGACCGCGGCCCAAAGUGUGUCUUGAAAUACGACCCGUGCCCGAACCCCGGCGUCCCCGACAACGGUUACCAGACGUUGUACAAGCACAGCUAUCAGGCCGGAGAAACGCUGCGCUUCUUCUGUUAUGAGGGCUACGAACUUAUCGGCGAGGUCAUCAUCAGCUGCGUCCCGGGCCAUCCGUCCCAGUGGAACAGCCCUCCGCCCUUCUGCAAAGUGGCAUAUGAUGAUCUUUUGGAUGAUCACAAAUUACAAGUGGCCCAGUCAUUUGAGCCGUCCCAUCAGAUCCUGAGUGAGAACAUUGCUUUGGCGAUAAUUCUGCCAAUCAUCCUGGUCAUCCUGUUGAUUGGCGGGAUUUACAUGUACUAUACAAACAUAUGCAGACUAGAAUGGAAGCCCCUCUUCUGGAAGUCUCUGUCUCACACACACUCCUACAGUCCCAUUACAGUCGAGUCCGACUUCAACAACCCUCUUUAUGAGGCAGGGCAGGACACACGGGAGUAUGAAGUAUCCAUUUAAAGGAGAAAAUGUAUUGGUAAGAUUUGAAAACCAGAGAAAGAUUAAAUACUUUAGGAAGACAAAUUCCUUAGAAAUAUAAGGCCUCACUUCCCUUUUUAUUGUUCCUUUUGGGUUAAUACAACCAUUACUGUAUCUCUGGUUUAUCGACUCGUAGUGUUUUAUUUGGAUUUGUGUCACUUAUUCACUGGUCUGCCAAACGUGGGUCCUUCUUCGCGGUCAAACUGUAUCACUAGGACUGGUGCCUUAUGAAGGGUAGGAAAUUGAUAACAAAGAACAACCAAUAAUCUGGGAGGACUAAGGUGAAAAGGGUGAGGGAAAAAUGAUUUAUUUCUUUUUUGAAAUUAAAUUAUUAUGGAGCCAAAAUGUUAAAAGAACUUGGCAAUACUUUAUUUGUAACUAUCAAAGUUACAGUUAUGAGCAUACAGUUCUCACUGAAUGUUUUUUUUUAAUAUAUUCUUAGUGGUCCAUCUUACAUUUCACAAUGUGUUACAGUAAAAGGGGGAGAAUUCUUCAAUUUCCAAAAGGAGAAGAAGUGUAAAAUCCACCGUUAUUCUUUCUCUUUGUCACUUGUUCUCUCUGUGAUACACACACACACACACACACACACACACACACACACACACACACACACACACACACACACACACACAUACACACACACAAAUGGAAUGUAAAUACUUGACUUAAUAAUGCGUGAGGUUGGUAUAUAUACAAAAUUAUAUAUAAAAGCCUCAUAUGCAGUAUACAAUUAUACAUGGUGGCAGGAGGUUAUAUAUUUUCAUUAUUUAUGUAAUGAAAAUUCAGUGCCAAAAUAUAAUGUUAAAUAAUUGAAUGUCCCUUCGUGUUUCAUCUGUUGUUGCAAUACUGUUUACAAAGGCAGUUUAUUUUAUUCUUCGCUGUUUCAGGAGUGCAUUGUCACCCAGUGUCACAUGACAUACAGUAUAAGCAAAAGGUGAGGAGAUGAAUGUCAUAAUGCUUAGAGCAUGCACUGAUUGUAAAUUAUAUUGCUUCUGCUCAAUCUUGCCAUUAUCAUUAUAGUUAUUGACAGUUAUCACUGUUCUCAGAUUUGAUGUUGUAUGCACUAUGUUGAUGAAAAAUUACAAACUUGGCUGCUUGCUGUGAUGCAUUAUGUAUUUAUUUAAAACUGAUUGUUUCAACAGUGAAUGUAGUCUCAUUCUCUGAGCCAAAUGAAGGAUCCUGGAGACUGUUGCUUUGUAAAACUAAUUCUUCUCUUAUCAUCAGUAGCAUUUGUUUGCUUCAUAAUGUAUAUGAAUACACUCUUUUAAAGGCAGUUAAUCAUUUGCUGAAUUGGAAAUAAAAUUUCUGUUGAGUGGUGUAAAACUUGUAGAAAUUAGCAGUAUUUAUUUAUGAAUAACAAUACUAUAACUACAUCUGGGCGCACACAAAACAUGCACCGUAUUGACACAUAGACAACUUGUCUAAUGCACAUUAAAAAAUCGAAAUGAAAAGUUAUUCUAUCUUUUUAGAGAUUGUUUUGAAUUUUGGUUUAUGGUUAUUUUUGUCAUGUCAAAGAAAAAAGAAAAAGAUAAUUAAAAUACUACAUUUAAAAUUUAAAUUUAGUAAUGGUAAUGUGUGUGUGUCAUUAUAUCCCCUCUGUUUUGGUUUGGUAACUUUUUUUAUUUACCAUAAGUGACAUCAACAAACAUUUAUUUUGUAAAUCAUUGUUGAUACUCCUAAAGAUUAAUGACGGAUGGAAGUAAACAUACCUGUAUUGUUCCCCCUAAAGAAUGUGGAGUUCUUGUAUCUACAGUGACCAAUAAAGGAUAACAAACAUGA